GAGGAGUCUACACAGAACACUCCUGGUCAGAAGGCAAAGAUCAAAUUUCCAUGAAAUCUACAGCUCUAGGGAUUGUGAACUUGUGUUUUCAGAUGGGAAGACGGGUACAAUUCUUUAAGAAGGGGGAAGGUGGAAAUGGCCCCAUCCUACUGCUCUGAAAUAGUGGUUGGUGGGCCUGUGGGUUACUGGGGUGAGUAACUGAUGCAUUAAACUCUUCUCACCAGAUUAAUUUAUGGAGAUGUGCAAUAUUUUUUUCACCGUGACCUUUUUGGGUUUGCUUUGACAAUUUUUCUCUCUCUGAAAAUUUAGGUUUGUAACCUGAUGUGCAGCACAUUAAUCUGUUUACAAGGAUAAAUGAGUGAACAUUGUUAUUGUUUGGAUCUCUUUCAUGCAAAAGGAGAGGGGGACAGAACAGCCCCCUUCUCACCUCAGCAUGCCCUAGUGAGUCACUUAAACUCUGCACAAGCUGAACCAUCCAAACAAUGUGACCCACUGCUGGGUUUUUUUCUUUUCUUUUUCUGAGCAGCUGACCCAGCUUCAAAGAUGUGACUCAUGGCACCUCCAGCACAAAGAUCAGGAGUAGUUUCUGGGUCGAUGCAAGAGCCCCACAGGACACAAGGAAGAUGAGGAUGGGAGGAACCUGGCUGGGUCUGCCCCUGGGACACCUGCUGGCUCUGGGACACAGGCACAAAUGGAGAACCAUGAUGGAUUUCAGAAAGUUCAGGCUGUUUUUUUGCCUCCUCGGGCUCAGCUGUGGCAGCUUCUGGUUUUUUUACAACUGGACCGAGUUCUGCGUGUUCUGUGAGAACAGCCAAGGUUACCUGUUCCCCACAGAGCCUUUCAGGAGGAUAGAAGGAAACUUCUCCCAGCUCCCAGACAUCGACUGCCACAAGGACCCUCCUUUCCUCGUCCUGCUUGUGGCAUCCUCGUGCCAGCACCUGGAUGCCAGGAUGGCCAUCCGGCAGACCUGGGGCAAGGAGAGGACAGUCGCCGGGAAGCGCCUGGUGACCUAUUUCCUCCUGGGAAGCACUGUGGAUCCCAGCCAGCAGGCUGACAUCGCUGCUGAGGGCCAAAAGUACAGAGACAUCAUCCAAAAGAACUUCUCAGACACUUACUACAACCUGACUUUGAAGACCAUGAUGGGAAUGGAGUGGGUUCACAGGUUUUGUUCCCAGUCCAGCUUCGUGAUGAAAACCGACACAGACGUGUUUGUCAACGUUUUUUACCUCACUGAGCUGCUUCUAAGGAAGGAGAAGGCCACUGGGUUCUUCACAGGCUUUUUAAAACUGCAUGAGUACCCCAUAAGAAGAAGAGGGAGCAAGUGGUACGUGAGUAGGGAAGAGUAUCCAGGAAAGACCUACCCACCCUUCUGUUCCGGGACUGGAUAUGUUUUAUCCAGUGAUGUUGCCAGUCAGAUCUAUCAUGUUUCUGAGAGCGUUUCGUUCAUUAAGCUGGAGGAUGUGUUCAUAGGACUGUGCCUUGCCAAACUAAAAAUCAGGCUGGAGGAGCUCCAUUCAGAGCAGACGUUUUUUCCAGAAAGGAUCAGGUUCUCCGUUUCCCGCUUUAAGAAAAUCGUGAUGUGCCACGAGGUGGAACCACCCGAGCAGCUGAGCUACUGGAACCACUUGGUGACAGAAAACCAUGGAGAGGUGCUCUAGCACCUUCCCUGCCGGAAUUAACACACU